CGCCCCGCUGCGGUAGAAGAAGACUCACUUCCGGCGCUCCGUCCUGUCUGCAGACAUCCGGAGCAGCGAGAGAGUCAAGAUGGCAGGACGUCGUGUUGCCCUCAAGGCCAUUGAUUGGGUGGCGUUCGCCGAGCGGGUUCCCCCCAACCAGAGAGGCAUGUUCAAUGCCCUGAAGACUCGCAGUGAUGCCAUCGCUGCCAAGCUCGCCUCCCUGCCAGAAUCUCCUGUAGCCAUCGACUGGAGUCACUACAAGGCCGCAGUGGCCAAAGCUGGCAUGGUCGAUGACUUUGAGAAGAAGUUCAAAGCGCUGCAGAUCCCACAGCCUGUUGACACACAGACAAGUGCCAUUGAUGCACAGGAGGCUGAGUCUAGCAAAAGUGCGUUAGCCUACAUUGAAGAAUCAAAGGCUCGCAUCGCCCAGUAUGAAAAAGAGUUGGAUAAGUUUAAGAACAUGAUCCCCUUCGAUCAGAUGACCAUCGAGGACCUCAACGAAACCUUCCCCGAGACCACGUUGGACAAGGUCAUACCCUACUGGCCCCACAAGCCCAUUUCUGAAUUGUAAUUCCACUACUGGAAAUCACCUCACAAUAAAGAUUAUGUAUUUUAAAACAGACCAAUUUGAUGACGUGAUUAUUUGUGUAGAAACGCUCACUGGAUGUCGCGAAUGAACUCUUGUAUUUUGGUGAGCUGCUGGUUUUGUCCACAUGGGAGCAGUGUUGCUUCAGUUUUACUAAAAGUAAAAGUUGAGCUUAUAGAGCAAAGCACUUUUCUCAAAAUUGUAAACUGUAGCCACUAGUUCAACCAAAUGCUAUGUAAACUGAGGUGUUUGUGUAAAACGAUUAUAUAAGUUGAUUAUCUUCAAUCUGGCAGUCAUUCCGCCACGUGGCUGAAAUCUAAUAUUAAAACACAUUGAGUCACAAUACAAGUAAAUGUAAAUGAGUUCUUUUUACUUGUUACUCAUUAAAGGAAUGUUAAAUGACUGGA